AUGGAUCCCCAGUCAAAGCAAGAUAUGCCAAAAAAGAAAAGUCUAGCGAAGGAAGAUUCCAAAAAAUGUUUAGAUUUAAUAAAGCACUUGGAAAAACAAAAUGACGCUUUCCUGUUUCUAAAGCCUGUUGACUAUAAAGCCUCCGGCCUCGACGACUACCCUUUGAUUAUAAAGCGCCCUAUGGACCUUUCAACGGUAAAAAAGAAGAUAAAGUCAGAGAAAUAUAGCUCCAUCAAGGAAGUACUCGCCGAUGUCAACCUUAUAUGGGAAAACUGCAAAACAUAUAACCAAGCUGGAUCUGUAAUUCCCUACUUAGCCAAUUUAUUUGCAAGCUGAACACAUGGAAAGUAAAACUAAAAAAUACUACUCACUCCUUGUUGCGUAGUGAGCAAGAUUUUUUGGGCUAAAAUACAAAAAUUUAUAUGCAAAUAGUCGUAAUUAACACUUUUUUUAAUUAAAACAUCCUAAAUGCACACACUGUAUGAAUUAAUUUAAUCCAAUAUAUGAAAAAAAUUAAUGCAAUUAAUGAUAUAAAAAAAUAUUUUAUCAAAAUAAUUAUUAUUAAAAAAUUGUUUUGCUCGCUAAUCAAGGGAAGGUCAGAAAAGCAUGGAUUAAUCAGUAAUAGACCGCAGAAAAGACCAAGAGAAGAAACCCCAGCUCCUCAGCCAGAAGUCUCUACCUCUCCAGAAAUUAUUCCUAUUUGAUUAAAUUGUUUUGCAAGAUCGAUCCAGUAAUUUAUUUAUUUACUAAAAUUCAGAUAUAAUUCGACAGAAAUUUAAUUUAAAAUAAAUCUAUAUCAAUUUAUAAGCUUUGAGGCAAAAGUUGAUUUGGCUGAAAAAGUUAGGAAAUCUCCUAAUGAUAUCUUGGCUGAAGUUGUACGAAUUGUAGAGAACCAAUGUAGAAAAGCACUUGAAGAGCUUGAUUCAGAAAGGGUUCAAAUAAAAGUGGAUAACUUACUCCCUUCCCCUUCUAUAGUGAGUAAAACCAUUACUUUGGGAGAAUGAAAAUUUUUUAAAUUAAUUAAUAAUAAUCAUAAUAAUGAAAUCUCUAGUAAUAAUAUUAAAUUAUAGAUUACUGAAUUAUAAAUGUAAAUUUUAUAAAUUGAAUAAGGUCUUCAUUUCAAAUAUCUAUUAAAAAAAUCUUCCCUCUCUAUCAGCAAGCAGGGGUAGUGAGUUAGAUAAACCGACUUUUGAGAGACUAUGGGGAUUAGUUAACUCACAAAGAGACGAUGAUGGAAAGACAGUCAAGAAAGCGAAGCAUUAA